AUGGCGAUUACCAAGCUCCUAUCAACCUUCUUGGCCUUGUCAGCCACCACUGCUUCGAUGCUGGCAACCCUCACCUCGGCUCAAGAAACCAGCUACCACGAGGUCGCAUUCACUGUGUCGGGCGCUGCCGAAAAUUAUGAUCUCAGCCAUUACAACCAGUCCACCCCAGCCUUCAUCCAGACUGCCAUAUUCGAUGUAGUAAGCGGUUGGUAUACCACCACCUUGGUAAACGGAACCGAGACCAUUGCUAGAUACUACUGCGAGCCGACAACCAAAAACGAAAACAGCACAAGGCUGCAGCUCAUGUUUCAUUCUAUCACCGCGAAUAGAGACUACUGGUCAGCAAUGGGAGGUACUACGCUGGGAUAUGACAGCUACAAACCCGAGAUAUACUCCUGGAGACACUAUGCAAAUGGCCUGGGUUACCCUACAUUGCAACUUGACCGCCUAGGGCACGGCAAGUCGUCUCACCCGGAUCCCGUGGUUUAUAAUCAAGGCCCUUACGAAGCCUCCCUUUAUGUGGAUCUCGCCAACCAAAUCAGGUCCGGAAGCACAAGUCAGAUCCCACAGUACGACGAACUCCUGUGUAUCAGCAACUCCUACGGAUCAGUGCUUGGCGUCUACAUCUCCCAAACAAAUCCUGAACUUUUUAACACGAGCGUCUUCACGGGUUACACAAAACGCAUCCUCCCAUCGUACUACGGAAUCGCGCUUCAAAAUCCCCAAUCUGCCAACAAGCUCUUUCCAGAGAGAUUUCCAAACUCAAGUUUCCCGCUUUACUUAACCUCGCCCAACGAGUCAACCCGGACCAACUCCUUCUUCGGCUCCCACGAACAGGUCGACUUCGACCAGGACCUCGCCCAGAUAUGGUGGGAGCGCGAGGACGUCGUCGCGGCGGGCGAGUACAUGGGCACCUACGUCCUGAUGACCAAGGCGCCCGCCUACACCAGGCGCGUGCUCGUCAUCACGGGCGAGCAGGACCAGCCGUUCUGCGGGCAGGGCACCCCCCUGAUAGCGGUGGCCGCGUGCGGCGACCUGCUGCCCGAGAACGGUGGAGAUCUUCCCCAAUGCCGAGUUCAACUGGAAGAGGGUUGCUAG